CUGUAAGCGCGCGCGCGGUCGCCAUGGCAGCGCAGCCGCCGCGGCCAGUGGGUGAGAGGAGCAUGGGGAGCCCUCGGGAGGCCGCCCGUGCGCCGGCCAGGUCCCCGGCUUGGGCCUCCACUCAGGCCCGUACUCCGGGCGCGGCCCUGGCGGUCCAGCGCGAAUCUCCAGAAUCUGGUCUCCAGGAACAUUAUUCUAAUCUGUGUAUGGAAAAAUCCCAGAAAAUUAAUCCUUUUAUAUUGCAUAUACUUCAAAAAGUGGAUGAAGAAAUUAAAAAGGGGCUAGCAGCAGGAAUCACAUUAAACAUUGCUGGUAACAACCGCUUAGUGCCAGUAGAAAGAGUUACAGGUGAAGAUUUUUGGAUUCUUUCCAAAAUUUUAAAGAAUUGUCUGUAUAUUAAUGGUCUGGAUGUUGGAUAUAACCUUCUAUGUGAUGUUGGUGCAUACUAUGCUAUGAAACUGCUUCAGAAACAACUUAAUCUCAUUUACUUAAACCUCAUGUUUAAUGAUAUUGGGCCUGAAGGUGGAGAAUUGAUUGCUAAAGUGCUGCAUAAGAAUCGGACUCUGAAAUACCUAAGAAUGACUGGAAACAAAAUUGAAAAUAAAGGUGGAAUGUUUUUUGCUGCAAUGCUGCAAAUUAAUUCAUCCUUAGAGAAAUUAGAUCUGGGUGACUGUGAUCUGGGAAUGCAAAGUGUGAUAGCAUUUGCUACGGUACUAACUCGAAACCAAGCAAUUAAGGCAAUAAACCUAAACCGACCUAUACUGUAUGGUGAACAGGAAGAAUCUACAGUCCAUGUAGGCCGCAUGUUGAAAGAAAAUCACUGUCUUGUUGCACUACACAUGUGUAAGCAUGAUAUAAAAAACAGUGGUAUACAACAGUUAUGUGAUGCACUGUAUCUGAACAAUAGCCUGCGCUACCUUGAUGUCAGCUGCAACAAAAUAACUCAUGAUGGAAUGGUGUAUUUGGCGGAUGUACUGAAAAGCAACACUACCCUGGAAGUAAUAGAUCUUUCCUUUAACAGAAUAGAAAAUGCAGGCGCAAACUAUCUCAGUGAAACUCUCACUUCACACAACAGGAGUCUUAAAGCGUUGUCAGUAGUCAGCAACAACAUAGAGGGAGAAGGACUUGUUGCACUUUCACAAUCAAUGAAAACAAAUCUCACUUUCUCUCAUAUCUACAUUUGGGGAAACAAAUUUGAUGAGGCUACGUGUGUAGCAUAUUCACACUUAAUUCAAACGGGUUGUCUAAAACCAGACAAUACAGAUGUGGAGCCAUUUGUGGUAGAUGGACGCGUAUAUCUUGCAGAAGUCUCCAAUGGCCUUAAAAAGCAUUAUUAUUGGACAUCAACUUAUGGAGAAUCUUAUGACCACUCAUCUAAUGCAGGUUUUGCUCUUGUUCCAGUAGGUCAACAGCCAUGAAAAAGCUCUAAAAUAAUUUUCAUACAUUUGUCUUAUUGUUUCACAGAGAUUAAUAUUCUAUAGCCUGUUUUCUUUUACAAAUUAAAACAAGUCAAUUUUUUCAAAUGUGUAAAAGAUACUAAUUUUUUAACUGUAUUAAACUUUGCAUAACUGUCUAUUGUGAAAAA